AUGACUAAACCCCGCGGAGGACAGAAGCCAUUCCCUCAGCAAACAGAUAACGCGCGUCAGACGAUCGUGACCACGGAAGACAACACGGAGACGACGCGGGACAACGCCACAGCCCGAGCGCCCUCCCUUCCCAGCCGAGCCACCCCACCCCACCCCUCCACACCGGAACUGCCUCCUCCGCGCCCGGCGCGCCCACGCACGUCAGCGCCCGAGCUGCGGGAACCGCCCCCUCCGACGCAGGCGGCCCGCGCAACACGCGCAUGCUCACUGGGCAGGGUCGCGAGCCGCUCGCGGAGCUGCAAUCUGUUGCGCCGCCCUCGCGAGCCGGCAGAUCCGGGUCUCGUGGCUAAGAGUGACGUGGUCUAUCGAAUCCAAACAGAGGGGAGGAGGCCGGCGGCCAGCAGCGGCAGCAGCGACAGCGGCGUCCGGAACGCUCCCGGCCGCCAACCUCCCCGCCCGCCGCUUGUUUGGGCGGGUGAGUGUCCCCCUGGCCCACCGCCCUCCUCGGCGACCCUCUUAGCGUCGCUGCUUGUGUGGCCGCGCGCUCCCGGGAACCGCUGCGGCGGAGCGGGCGCCUCUGGCUGGGCGCUGCACCCGGGCAGCCCGCAGCCGCUAGCCGGGCAGCCUGCCGCUGGGCUGGACAAGCAACCGCUGUCUGGGUGCUUUCACUUUUAG